CUCUGAGUGAACAUAAUACGUUCAAAAAUAUAAUGAUCGAUUUCUUUGCUCACUUUUGGAUUUCUUCAACGAAAUGUGCGACUAAACCAGCUCACGGUUGGUGCUGUGCUGACUCAUCAAGCUCAUCUUGGCAUCUGCAAUUUAGCGAGUGUGCGCACACAACUUCGACACUUCAAGACUUGUCACGCUCCAGGACAUCCUCUUCGACAACAACUAACCUCCCAUACAACAGCAAAGAUGGGUCGUGGACCAAAGAAGCACCAGAAGCGCCUCAGCGCCCCCUCCCACUGGCUCUUGGACAAGCUCUCCGGUGCCUAUGCCCCCAAGGCAUCCCCCGGUCCCCACAAGACCCGCGACUCUCUUCCUCUGGUCAUCUUCCUCCGCAACCGCUUAAAGUAUGCCCUCAAUGCUCGCGAGACCAACGCCAUCCUCAUGCAGCGCCUCGUCAAGGUUGACGGCAAGGUCCGCACCGACUCUACCUUCCCCGCUGGUUUGAUGGACGUCAUCUCCAUUGACAAGACCGGCGAGAACUUCCGUCUCAUCUUCGACACCAAGGGCCGCUACACCGUCCACAGGAUAACCGGAGAGGAGGCCGCAUACAAGUUGGGCAAGGUCAAGCGAGUUCAGCUCGGCAAGGGUGGAAUUCCCUACUGUGUUACGCAUGAUGCGCGAACCAUCCGCUACCCUGACCCCGCCAUCAAGGUCAACGACACUGUCAAGAUUGACCUCGCUACCGGCAAGAUCUCCGACUUCAUCCACUUCGAUACCGGUGUCAUCGCCAUGAUCACCGGCGGAAAGAACAUGGGUCGUGUUGGUGUCAUCACCCACCGUGAGCGUCACGAUGGAGGUUUCAACAUUGUCCACGUCAAGGAUGCCGUCGACAACGAGUUCACCACCCGUGAGACCAACGUCUUCGUCAUUGGCAAGGAGAAGCCAUGGAUCAGCCUGCCCAAGGGCAAGGGCGUCAAGCUCACCAUCGCUGACGAGCGUGACCGCCGCCGAGCCCACGCUCUUGCUGGCAACUAAAUGUGGAAGCGGGAGGAAAAGCGACUGUUAUGAUAUCAACAUAGUUCAUUUGGGCAAGUGGAGGCCGUCGUGCAUGACACGGGUCUCAAAACUGGCGUUGGUCAUUCAUGGGGAUGGCUUAGGACCGGGUUUACUCUGCAUAGCAAUGAACAUGAACAAAAAUGAACGAGAUGUGCACAAUUUCAAACCAACGAGAGACCAGCUUUCUUUUUAUUCGGCCGUGAUGUUGCCAGGCGUGGGGCUAUUUUCCUGUGCAUGGAAGGUAUGGAAGCCGACGAGGGUGCGAGUCGCAAGUAUUUUUGGGGGUGUUCUCAGGCUAUUCUUCAGGCCGAAACGUCGCGGUGGUGCACGGAAGGGCAGAAGAGGAUUCUAUAGACAGGGUCAGGGCCCAAUGGGAGACGGCCGCUAGGCUGAAUCCUGACACGGGACUACGGUGGGAGGAAUCUGAGGCCGAAGGGCGACAGGCGACAAGCUGUGACAGGAUCGAAGGCACUGGAUGUUUGCGCGUUUGACCUGUGAGGGAGAUUGCAUCCUGCUUAGCACAUCCAUUCUGCAUUGGGUUGUUAAUGGUGGUGAAGGAGGCGGGCCACGAGUCAAUUGGCAGAUUGAAUGGGGCCAGGCGUGUAGACCAACAACGAACGGCUAUGUUUGUCAAACUGUGUAGGUAGCUGUGGAUGCGCGACACGGGAACGGGUAAAGUAAACAA